AUGCAAAAAAGAGACAAAUCUCCAAUCAUCCAUGUUAACCUUAUGAAGGAAAACAUUCAUAGCAAACCAAAUUCCCUUAAUAAAAGUGGCAUUUCUAGCAAGGCUAAUCUCAACUUGGUCAAAGUACUGGCUACUAGAAGAUCUGAUAUGAACUCACUUUGGGAACCUCCUGAAGAUUCUAAAUAACACUCAAAUAGAUUCGAUAAUUAUUUUCAGAGACAUUCCACUAAGAGAUCUAAUGCUUAAACAUCUAGAGAAAGGGAAAGAGAUUUUUCAGAUUCGCCUAAAUAAUCUCCUUCACAUUAUUAAUGUGCUAAGCAUUUCAACAAAGCAUAAUAAAGAAAGAGAACUGCAUAGUUCAUUUGUUGUUUCCCUAAAUGUGAUACUCACUUAUUAUGUAAAGAAUGUAAAUAUAAAAUAUUCCAAUGUAAACAUGAUUAAAUUGUUAAAUUGGCUGAAUUUAUUGAAUAACCAAUCUUAAUAUUUCUAAAAGCAGAUAAUUCAAAAAAUGAACUCAUUGGAAACCUAAUACUAUAAUAAAUGCAAUUAUUCCAUAAAGUCAAAUAUCAAGCAGAAUAAUCUAAGUAAUAGUUAUCGGAAUUCUUAGAGAAUAUAUAGGAUCAGCUUAAAAUGAAAUGCCAAGUUAUAUAGGCUGAAUUCAAUGAGAAAGUUGAUUUUCAAUUAAAAUAAAUCAGAAGCGACAUUGAUUAACUAGUUUAAACCAGUUUAGUCUACAAAGAUGAUUUCGAAAACAGACUGAAUGAAAAAGAUGAUUUUAUAGAAUCAGUAAAACUAUUCAAAUAAUAAAGUGAAGAUCCCUAUGAUUAGGUAAUGAAUUAAGUAAAUCAAUUACAACAAAAUCUAAAUAAAAUUCCUUAAUUGAAUUCCACUGUUUUAGAAUUGAAAACCGAUAUCACAAUCAAAGAGUUUAGUUAUAAUAAAUUGAUAACUUGA